GAGUGCAAUAAACAUUUGGUGGAGAUAAAAACGCAACAUGUGGGCGGGCCAGCACUAGUCAAGGGUGAUCAUCACCUGGGGAGACACAUUCAGCUGCUCCAUCCUCAGAGUGACAUUGAGUGAGAAAAGAUGGCAGAUGAUGAGCCAGCGUGGGAUUUCGAUGAUGUACCUGAGGAGCCGGUUACGGAAGCACCACCUGAAGGCGAUGCAGCAGCUCCUGGUGGUGCUGCUCCCAAGAAAGAGGAGCGACCAAAACUCGAUUACUCGAUUUUUGCAAAAGCACCUAAACCCAAGUACACGCUCCACUGGGUCAGACCUCUCUUCCUCAAUUAUCGCUAUAUUUAUGAUUACAGGCAAUUUUACUACAACGACGUAAUCGAUUGGCUGAACAAAAGAAAUCGAGGAAUCGAGCGUGAUCCACCAAAUUGCGAGGAAUGGUCUGAAAGGGCAUUCAAAAUGUACGACGCCAAGAACGUUAACAAAAGUGUGAAACAAAUAGCUGAUAUGCGAUGGAUAACUCUCUACAGAACAGAGCCAAGAUAUUACAGUUAUCACACACGAGCCUAUUACAGCCUAAAGUAUCAACCAAUCCUCUGAGGUCCCUCCAAAAUCGCUCCAUCUCUUCAACUUCUCCCCAGUUUGUACGACUGCUCUUUGAUGACAAACAAAAUUCAAAUCUAUGGAUAAAAACAUGACUGAACAACUGUUACUACUCGCUGAUAUCAAUAAAAUCAUAUUACGCAUCUUGAACGAGUAUAAUGUCAACACUUUAAUGUAGCAAUGAACUCAUACACGAAUGGUUCUUUUCUUCGUUUGUAUUCAUAAUAAACAACUAUGAAUAACUAUUUAUAGUAAAUA